AUGUGCAGUUUCUACGACGAGGAUGCACCGCUGGCACUGGCGAUCGCAUUGAUCCCGUGGUGGUGUUCUUCGCAUCGACCUUCGCAGGUGGCGAGAGCCAGUGGAGGAGUGGGCCUGAAGAAGCACCGUAAGAUCUCACGGCACGGAGCCGUGACUUCAGGAUCUUCCCCAAGAUGGCCGCCGAAGACCCAGGGCUCGGAGCGACAACUGGGAGGGUUUGGAGGAGGCCCGGCCAAAAGCGCACAGAGGAGGCCAAAGUCGUCUCACAAGUCCCCUCGCAAAGUGGGAGUUACGAAGGUCGUUGUGGCUUCUCGAGCACGAUCGGGGUCAGGCCAAUUUCGCGGAUCCAAGGAGCAGGCGCGUUUCUUCGAAGCUCAGGCCGCGAUCCCGGUCGAAGUGAGUCCUGCACCAGACGUGGAAGAGCUAGGCGAGAGCUGGGGGAAUGCCCUGCAUGAGCGCCUCGAGCAGAACUUAGUCUCCCAAGGCUUGUUGAGGCCCACGGCUUCGCAAAGCUGGGCAGUGCCGUUGCUUUUGAAUGGGAAGGACGCUUUGUCUGCAGGUAUGCUUGCGCAUGCUUGCGCGGCUGAGCCUCUCUGA